GCAUCGGGUACGUACGGCGGAGAGCGCCAUGGCAGACAUCAGCAUGGCAGGCAGCGGCCUCGGCAUGGCGUCGCUGGCCUUGCAAGUCGGAGACUAUGUUAUGCGGCUAAAAUCGUUUUGGGACGCCGUCAAAGACGCACCAGAAGAAAUUAAGCACCUGAUCGACGAAAUCGAGAUGCUGAGCCUCGUGCUCUCGGACUUUGAAACCAGCGAAUCCAGUGAACCAGAGCCGACGAUCGGGCACGAGGCUACGUCCAGAUGCUUUCAGUUCUGCAAGAAGGCUGUGGUGAUUCUGGAAGCUGUGGCUAGACAGGUCGAGGCAGAGAUUAAGAAGAGAAGGAGGGCCGGGAGUGUGAAAGCUGUCUUGAAGAAGAGUGAGAUUGAGAAGUUGAGGGAGAGGUUGAUGAAAGCGCAGUCGAUGCUGAUGCUUUCAAACAAUAUGUACCUUCUGGAACUCCAGAAACGCAAUCAACAAGCCCAUAAUGACUGGGCCAAGGCUCACCAGCAGGAACUUCAGCAAUUGAAGGUGAUUGUUUCUCAAUCCACAGAGAUGAUACUCUCUUCUGCGAGCUUCCAAAUUCCGACUCAACGGUUAUUGACGGCAGUUGAGACAAUCCCUUCUUGUGAAUCAAAGUCUUCGAGCGCAAUUGGAUCUCAAAAUGCGAGACAGAUGUCAUCUUUUUGUUCUAAGAAAAAAAACAAGCUCAAAGCUCGAAUUCAGACCCCAAAAUGGUUGUUUAGUGUUUCUCGCGCCAUUGAGAUAUACGAAUCCCAAGCCACUGCGGGUUGGACUUUCAACAUCCAGGUUUACAAUGUGGUAUCAUACGACUCUCCGCAAUUUUGCAUGGCCAGAAUUGGGGACGUUGUGGGAAUUCAACAUUUGUUUAGCACCGGACAAGCGUCGCCAUUUGACAGAAUUUCCGAUGGAACGACUCUUCUUGAUAGGGCAGCAUUAUUCCACGAGCUGGAGUUUUGCCGGUUAUUGAUGAAUGAAGGUGCAGAUCCUAACAUUUCUUCGUCUGGGACUGCUCUGGUCGCAGCUUGCUGGGGGGGCAAAGGUGAUCCCUGUAGUCGCGGUACUGUCAAUGAUCUAAUUCAGCUCCUGUCUCAAGAUGUGGAACUUCUCGAUCCAUUUGAAGAAACCUUUAAGAACAGAAAAUGGUCCUGUUUCAACGGCAAUACGGAGACCUUUGCUUGGCUUCUACAGGCCUCAAACUCCACACAUCAAAAACGAAGUCUGGAGGAGUGCGUCACCUUCGCGAUUGCAGUCUGCAGUUGUGAUACCCUGGAUAUGUGGGGAAAGAUGCGAGUGAUUCUUAAUUGCAGAGAGAUAGACAAGGAUCUAUGCGGUAUCGUCGAUAGGAAGGAUGAGAAUACGCUUCUCCAUUGUGCUGCUCGGAAUCUGGGUUUUCUAUUUACAAGAAGAUUUGGAGAUCAGGAAGCGGUCCGAAAAAAUCUACACAAUCUAGGCACUCUUAUAAGGGACCUAGUGAAUGGCGGGUCCAAUUUACAUUCUCUCACACUCUUGGGCUUCUCGCCGAUGCUUGAAGUUCUAAGCGGCUUUUUAUGCUACUAUCGUGGGUAUCCAGAUGGCUUGACAGCUGGUAAUGGAGAUAGUGAGCCUUUAAAAUUCUGGUUAAAGGAGCUCCAGGAUUCUGGAGUGGACUUGGAAAGAUACGGAAGAGAAGAAAAACUCCUUCUGAGAACAGAAAGCGUGGCUAGAGAAUGGGUGUAUCACUCCAAACCCAAUAGAACGAAUGGCUGGAUUUUCGUGAGGGGAAAGCUACGUUUGAUCAAUUUUACCUACGGUUCAGAGUUAGAUGACUGGAAGUUCUGGUUGGCACCGGUUAUGCCGAAUUACUUCAUGGAUUUCUGGGAGAUGAUCGGACACCCAGAGAGGGCUAUGCCUGGUUCUUGGGAAGAGGAGUACUAUCGUGGCUACUAUUAUGGUCAUAAUGACUAA